UCGCUGACGAGCGAGAGUGCGAUGGAGGUCGACGAGGUUGCGCCUGCUGCAGCUGCGCCGGUUGCGAGCGAGGAGAACAAGUCAAAGAAGAGAAAGUCGUCGGGGGUUGGUGCUGGAGAUGAGGACGACAAGUAUGAUCAGCGGUUAUCAGCGCUGCUGCCGUUUGCGCAGCCGCUUGCGCCGAAGAAGUUGAAUAAGAAGGUCAUGAAGACUGUCAAGAAGGCUGCGAAGCAGAAGCACAUUCGACGAGGAGUCAAGGAAGUCGUCAAGUCGCUGCGAAAGGGAGACAAGGGCCUGGUUGUGCUGGCGGGCGAUAUCUCGCCUGCGGAUGUGAUUUCGCACAUUCCGGUUCUGUGCGAGGACAGCUCUGUGCCGUACGUGUUUGUGCCGAGCAAGGAGGAUCUCGGGGGUGCGGGAGCUACGAAGCGGCCGACGAGUUGUAUUAUGGUUGUUCCUGGCGGGUUCAAGAAGGACGGGAAGGAGAGCGAGUACCGGGAGGCGUACGAUGAGAUUGUGAGCGAGAUCAAGAGCUUGGCUUAGAGAUGGAGAUGAGAGAUGAGAGAUGAGAGAUAAAAAGGGUUUGAAGUUUGAUGUUUCGAUAUUGCUAAAUAUAUGUGUUUAUAUGUUGUCUACAUAUUGGUAUGAUGAUAUGCAGUGGCUGGAAUGGAGUGUGAUGCGGGUGCCAGAUGACGAU